AUGGUCAUUCGUUCGGCCGUUCAGUCCGCGUCGAACAUGCUUCAACGUACGUUCCUCGUUGUCGUCCCGUUGACGUUGUGCGCCCUGCUGGCCGCGUGCCGUUGCACGCUUCUCCAUCGAAGCGAUCGCGAUACAGUGCCGAUCGAUUGCAGCCGCGGAGAGAAUUCCAUCGAAUGCGUGACGAGGCGGAGGAUGGAAGGGAUGGAGGAAGGGAAGAAGGAUCGGUCGGUGACCAGGGAAUCUAGGAUCUUUGGAGGGGAAGAAGUUAAAAGUGAAGAUGGCGCGAUUGAACAGGUCGCUGGACGAAGAAAGAAGAACAAGGGAUAUGGACAGAUGUUGCUUUAUCUUCUAGGCGCGUCGAAAAUGACUAUGCUUUACGUAAUAACGAACGUGGUUGCUGCAAUUGCUGGAAAGGCUCUGAUAGUCGCCAAAGUUGCCCUAGCAAUUGCGACCGCGAUCGCAUUGAAGAGAAUUCUUGAGCACAAGGAGAAAAUUUCGUACGAGAUAAUUAAAUAUCCGUAUCACAGCUAUGAGAAUACGCACAGUACAAGUUUCGAUUAUGAUCAUGGUGGAUCGUGGGAACGUAAUUUUGGAUAUCAGAGGCAAAAAGUUAAAAAUAGAAAAUUAGUCCGUUGAGCCACGAAGAGAGUACAAAUAAAUGUUUAAUAUCAAUUUUAUAAUAU